ACCCAAUUCAACCCCAAAGCCACCAUCUCUACUCUUCCUUCUUCAGCAAACCAGAAUCAUAGAAAACGAAAAGAAACUUCCACUUUCAAUGAAUCCCCAACCAAAAACCCCCCAAACCUUCACUGCACCAUCAUAUAUUUGUUGUAUAAUUUUAUUUUAUUUUUAUAUAUCUUUAUUCUAAUUUUGCAUAACGGAAGCCGUGUCUCCGAAUCAAAUACACCCUACCCCCAAAAAUACCAACCAAAAAAAAAAAAAAAAAAAAAAAACACGUUCCAAUCAGAUUCCAACACCUUGACCAAAAAAAAAAUAAAAAAAACACAAUUCAAUUUCUCUUAUCUCAUCUCCAUAUCCCCAGGUCCAACCUCCUCAAAAACCCCCCACCUCGACGCUAAAAUGCGCCGGGUUCCCACCACCACCACAGCCACCUCACUCCUGUCUUCCUCUGUUAUCGUCUCCCCAGCGUUGAUUUAUUAGGUCUUUUUUUCUAUCUUGGGAGUUUUCUUUUUUUCUUUUUUUUGGUGGGUCGGUGGGACCCGAUUGGGGUAAUCUGCUAUCUGGUGCAUCGUGGUUGUGGAUCUUAAAAUGGGGAUUAGGGUUUGGGAAAGUGGGAUCCUGGUGCUGUUGCUAUGGGGAAGGCUAACAUGCGCUUUGGAACCGGCCCUUUGUCCUACAGAGUCCGUUACCGACUCGAUCUUUGGGUUCCGAGACUAUAACUGCCCCGUUGACGGUGAUUCUCAAUCCUUUCGUCUCGUUGCUGUUACCGAGGGAGAUGAGGUUGUAUUACAAAGGGCACUUAACAUGGUUCACAAAGAUAAUCAGGAUUAUGUGGCCCUGCUAUUCUAUGCAUCUUGGUGUCCUUUCUCUAGGAUGUUUAGACCAAUCUUUUCCAUCCUGUCUUCGUUAUAUCCUUCCAUCCCACACUUUGCAAUUGAAGAAUCAACCAUCAGGCCAAGCAUUCUCUCUAAAUAUGGAGUUCAUGGAUUUCCUACUCUUUUCAUUUUAAAUUCCACAAUGCGCGUUCGAUAUCAUGGCUCCCGGACCCCUGGGUCUCUCAUUGCUUUCUACAGUGAUGUGACAGGCAUUUCAACUGCAUCACUUGAUCAAAUAUCAGUAGACGAAAUUGGAAGUCCAUCGUCUAAUGAGAAGCAUGAUAGCACGGAUCCAGAAAGCUGCCCAUUCUCAUGGGCAAGGUCUCCUGAGAACUUACUUUGUCAGGAAACAUAUCUGGCCCUUGCCACAGCAUUUGUGCUCUUGCGAUUGCUCUACAUAUUUUUUCCUACUCUGCUUGUAUUUACUCAAUGUGCUUGGAGAAGGUACAUCCAAAACGUGAGAUUAGGUAGCUUGUUGGAACAUCCAUUGACCUACCUCAAACGAGCAGUACAGUUGUCUAAUUCUUUAAAGGAGCCUUGCAAGAGGAGCAAUUUGCAGGAAGGAGCACUUAAUGCCAGGGCGUGGGCUUCCAAGUCCCUUGCCUCUGCUGUUUCAAUUGGAGAUGCAAGCACCAGCCGUGGUGUUGCAACGAGUGAAUGCCAUUGACCUUCUUACUACUGUUUGACAGAGUUGGAUGCCCAUGGUGGAGCUGCUGAAUAUGUCAGUGCCAGGAAGUGUUUGUUUAAGAAAAUCAUCUUGCACCCCUUCAUUAGGAAGACUAUUCAGGGUUCAAUGUUCAUGAAAUGAAGGUGAAAAUAUUUUAUUGUAUCUUGAUGCUGUAGUAAUUCAUUUCUCCUUUUGUCCAUAUAAUUUAUAGGUUACAACAAGUUUGCCAUUCAAAUUGCAGACUUAAGACCUGCAAUUUAUUUGUAGGUUAAUAAUUAGUUUUGCCUUGUUGUCUGUGCCAAA